GUUAACUUUGACGUAACGGCAAAUUGACAGACUGGUUCUUUUGACCAAAAUCACGAACUUUUGAUAAGCGAAAACACGGAAUAGUUCAGGGAUGAGUGAUAAUCGAGACGUGACGAGUGCAAUUUCGUAAAUUCCGGGUGUGGAGUGGUGUGAUAUACACAAAAGUCAGCUGAAACGUCAAGAUGGAGUGCUCCAAGUCUGUCAUCGAUUCAACGCGAUUGUAAACAUGUAAAUUACUAGAAAUGUUUUAAUUUUACUAUGAUAGAAGAACAGCAAAUGGGCUCGCAAACAUUGGAAAUUUUAAGACAAGGUGUUUGGGCUUCUCUGACCGGGGGUUGGUUCUUUGACCCUCAUCAAGAUGUGUUUUGCAACACGUUCCAUCUCUACAUCUGGUUAUUCUUACUGUGUUUACCCUUCACGAUAUACGUGUAUUUCCCACCCACGAAAUACAUGUGGUACUUCUAUUGUCUUUCGGUGACAAUAGUUUUAGCUGUGAUCAAGUUAGUUAAUUACGGUUUGCAUCACAUGUAUGACACAUCAGAAUGCAUUCAUGAGGAAAUUGACGAGAACUGGCAGGAAGUCAAAAGAGAGGAGGAAGGGAUUGAGUUGCAAGUUUUGUCUAAUAAGGCCACAGAAACGAACUCAAGACCUGGCGUUAGUGGAUCUUUUAUUUCUUAUGCGGAACCGGGCGCUCUACCUAGCACUGACGCUGACAGUUUGGAGUCUACAGAAUUUCAGCAAGCUGAAAUCGUCAAAGACACCAAACCUAGCAGCACCAUAGAUUUGAAGGCCGAGGUCCACCGCAAAAACUCGUCGGAGAGCAGCGACGGCGCCGCCGCUCCCGUUUUAGAAAUAGUAACCUACCAACCCGACGUGCCUGAUCGCAAACCCAAAAAAUCCGACCGUCGUCCGAAGCAUCAACGUUCAAAAACCGACGGUUUCGUUUGCGUUCGAAUCACCGAUGAUACCAAACUGAACCGUUCGAGUUUUCGUAAAUUGUACCAACAAGCCGAUUCAGCUGACGGCAAUCUCCUGAUUCAACGGCCGUCUUUACAAAGCGUCGAUUGCGAACAAGGUCCUUCGAGCGGCCGAAGACACUCCAAUUUUACCAACAGUAGUUUGAAUUUUUUACCAUCGACUGAUAUUAAGCCCACUGGGUCUUUGGAGUUGGGUUAUUUGGAUAAAAAUCCUUCUGAAGGGUUUUAUUUUAAGACGAAUGGUCGAGGAGGCGUACGGAGGAUACGAUCGACAGCUUUGGAGACGUGUUGUCCGCCCCCAGCGCUGAUCGUCCAUCCGAAUAGUUUGGAAGUGAUUGGGUGCAAGGGGGCGAGGAAUCCUCUGCCGCCUCCAAGCUCUAGUCUGGUGCGAAACCAACAUUUGAAUUUGUGUUCGUAUUAUGGUUCCGAGAUUGUUUAUCCAAUUGCGGAACAGUCGGACGAACAUCAGACUUCGCACGGGCCUGAUACAGAUAUUGACUCUCCGGCCCAUGUUUCCGACUCGGAUUUAGAAGAGAUUCAAGGAAGUAACUCUCCCUUGUUUUACAUCACUGUGAAAACAAUGACGAAAAACGUGCCUUACGAAAAAACCCAUCCGAAAAUAGAAGAAAAGUGCAGUGAAGAAAGGACAAGUGCGACAUCGAAAGACGCCCUCUUAGAUAAUGAUAAUUCAAAUUCGAGUGCGACGCCGGAAAUGCACGACGCUAGGACUGACUGUUACGGGACGGAUAACGAAAGCAGUGAUAAAAAAUUAAUGAAUGAGCCACACAUCUUCCGGAAAAGGAACAUCAAAAGGAACAAGAGGAGGAAGGAGGGAGACGCGGCCAAAACAGUCGAAAAGGAUAAUAGUACCAGUUUGGUCGAACUCGACUUGGAUUGGUUGUUCGACAACGAGAACCAGCACAACCAACACAAAAAAGAGCCGUUAAAAAGAGACACAGAGUGGUCGAGCACCACUACAGUGUCGCUCGAACACGACGUCAAUAAAGUCCUUCAAGAACAAGUUCCUUCGACCCGCAGUCUCGGCGCUAUUCCCAAAAAAACCCGUUCAAAUUCUAGUCACAACGAUCAAUCAUCUGGCCGAAAAACCCCAAAAAGUGAAUCGGAAAAAUGUAGCAUGUGUCGUUGUAAAUCCGACGAAAACGAACCUCGAAAUCGUUCAUUGAAAGAAAAUAAAAUUACACAAACUCUUCGUCAAAAUGACGGUCCGAGUUCAGUUGAAGGACUUGAAUGUAUCGUCUUGCAGAAACCCCAGAGAGUCGAUAUCCCGAAACGGUAUGUAAGGGCAUCGAGGGAACGAAACGAAGAAGGGUCUUCAGGUGGCUCGAACAACGAGUUGAGCACGUUGUUACCACCAGCACCCCUUUUAUCGGCGUUUUUGGCUUCGAGGAGAGACUAUCCCCUAUCGGUGUGUUAUUUACCACCUAGUGAGACGGUUAAAUUUAGUCAUGUGUCACCGCAGAGGAGUAGAUUGAAAAGGAGUAGAGUUAGUAGGAGAAGGUCGUGCCAAAGAAAUAAGAGGGAUAGUGCAAUAGCUAGUUCUUUGACGGCGGGACAUGGGACGCAUUGUGCCAAAAAUUUUAACGAUACGACUGAUGGAUCCGUUCAUUGUUUCAUGGACGAACACGGGAAUUGGGUCACUUAUACGUUCGAUGAGAAAGGGUUAGGGACAGCAAAUAACCGUCUGCAUGAAAAAUCCUCCAGUGGAGACAAACCUCACCGUCGCAGGCCUAGCGACGCCGCCUCGACGUCGCGGGGGACCCGCAACACCACCCAGGAUUUCUGCGAUAGCAACAGUACUGAUUCUAUCUGCAACAGUUCAGUAUCGAUAAUCCUGGACGCUCCUGCUUCAAAAACACCCUCUAAUUGUAUGAUUCCCACCCAAAAUUCGGACCUCAACUCCGCUCAAAUGAAAGUGCGUGAUACGAUUCGUCGUCGAUUGUUCGCCAAUCAAGGCUUCGUAGAUCCUUUAGACUCCUUGAUAAGUAUAGUGCAAGGCGAGCAUGAGGGUGACAUCGAGACGAAUUUGGCCCGAAAUCAGUUCAAAUUCAUCCAAAAUUCCGAUCAAGUGAACAAUAAUUAUCCGAGGACCAAGUCGUUUUAUAAAUUUAAAGUGUUCCCGUGGACUUAUGUGAAAGUGACUCUUGAUAGGUUGAAACUGCUCGCGUUGUUAGAUAGGAAUUUGACGUUUUUUGAGACACUUUUGUCGAUUGUUUUUGGGAUUCUAGUCUCUGUUUCUGGUGCUGUUUUGUUGUAUUAUGACUUUUAUGAAGAUUUGUUGGCGUUCAUCUUUUGUUUUGUUAUGGCUAGUUGUCAGUAUUCGUUAUUGAAGAGUGUGCAGCCGGACGCUGCAUCGCCCACGCAUGGAUUUAACCGGAUCAUAGCCUAUUCACGCCCGAUAUAUUUCUGUAUUUGUGCAGGAAUUAUUCUUAUUCUUGAUUCCUACAUUGAUAAAUCAACGGAAAAUCAGAUUUAUAGCUUAAGUAGCGGCGGUUUGACACACAUGCAGGUUCUCCUCCUUGUCCGCGAUUUCCUCAUCAAAUUUAUACUCUUUUUUCCUGUGUUAUUCUCGUUGGGACUUUUCCCCCAAAUCAACACCUUCAUUAUGUAUCUUUUAGAACAGGUCGACAUGCAUAUUUUCGGCGGAAAUGCAAUGUCGAGUCUCCUCGCUUCGUUCUAUUGCAUUUUCCGUUCAAUUUUGGCUGUGAUCGUGAUGAAUGGUUUCGCAUAUGGAGGCCUAAGCGAGCCCAAAAGCUCACAACACAUUUUAUUUUCUAUUUUUUGUGCGUGUUUGGUGGCUUGUUCGUAUCAUUUGAGUCGAAGCGCCAGCGAUCCGUCACAUUUAUGGAACAUAGUGAAACGUCACGUCUGGCCCUCGGACAUAUACAGGGAACACAGUAAAGACAGAGUCGAUAAAGUCGAGAGUAAAGAAGAGAAACCCCUUACUGAGAAGCAAGCCAAAAAGUCGGUAAAAUUCCCGAACGAAACAACCGAACAAGUCAACGAUCAUGUUGAUCCUCUUCCACACAAAUUACAGAAAACUGUAAAUGCGCGCUUGAAAAACGAUAUCAUUUUGUGCGGUUUGAUUGCAGUUUUGGUGUUUAGUGUUCACGCGAGUACUGUUUUUACGGCUCUUCAACCGGAAUUGAGCCCAGUGCUGUGGACUAUUUCGGCCGUUUUGGGGUUUAUCCUCCAUUAUAUCACUCCACAGUUGAGGAAACAGUUACCCUGGUUGUGUAUUGCUAGUCCUGUAUUGAGAUCGAGAGAAUUGUUACAGUAUCAGAUAAGAGGACCAGCGAAAAUCAUGUGGUUUGAAAGAGUUUACAUCUAUUUGUGUUUUGUCGAACGGAAUAUUUUAUAUCCACUUUUGUUCCUCUCGGUCCUGACUGAAGAUUCACCCAAAGUCGUUAAGAAAUUCGGGCCUUUGCUCGGGUCCUUCAUUGUUGUUAUUUGUGGUUUGAAGUGUUUACGUAGUUCCUAUUCGAAUCAGAGUUGUCAGUAUCUCAUUUUGACAUUCACAGCGUUGUUUUUUCGCUACGAUUAUAGUUUCCUGCAACAAACAUUUCUAGUGGAAUAUUUUUUCAUGAGUAUUGUUUUUCAUAAGUUCUACGAAUUGUUACUCAAGGUCCAAUUCGUGGUGACAUAUAUCGCUCCGUGGCAAAUCACAUGGGGUUCAGCUUUUCACGCCUUCGCCCAGCCUUUUUCGGUACCUCAUUCUGCCAUGUUGUUCCUGCAAGCCUUCAUUUCGGCUAUUUUAUCAACACCUCUGAACCCAUUCUUAGGCAGCGCAAUUUUUCUAACUUCGUACGUUCGACCAAUCAAAUUUUGGGAACGUGAUUAUAACACUCGAAGAGUCGAUCAUUCAAAUACACCACUGUCGUCACAUCUUGAUCGAAAUUUGGGUGCCGAUGAUAAUAAUUUAAAUUCGAUUUUUUACGAACAUCUUACGAGAUCGUUGCAACAUUCGUUAUGUGGCGACUUGAUUUUGGGACGGUGGGGAUUGGUCAGUCAAGGGGAUUGUUUCGUUUUGGCAUCGGACUAUUUGAAUUGUUUGGUUCAUAUAAUCGAGUUGGGGAAUGGAUUGGUGACGUUUCAAAUGCGGGGAUUGGAGUUUAAAGGGACGUAUUGUCAACAGAGGGAAGUCGAGGCUAUUACUGAAGGGAUUGAAGAGAAUCAUGCAUGUUGUUGUAUCGAAACAGACCAUUUCACCGGGAUUUUGGGCAUCAGUUCUGCGUUCAGUCAACGCUGGCUGGCUUGGGAAGUCACCGCGGCUAAAUACAUACUCGAGGGGUACAGCAUCUCCGACAACAGCGCCGUCUCAAUGUUGCAAGUGUUCGAAUUCCGAAAAGUCCUCAUCUCGUAUUACGUCAAAAGUAUCAUAUUUUACACCGUACGUUCUCCCAAAUUGGAGGAAUGGCUCUCCUCACAGACAAUCUUGUCUGCUUUGCAACCCAUGGAACACAAGAAUUUCGUCGAUUUAGACCCGGUGUUCAAUUACAACAUCGACGAAGACUUUGACAUAUCCAGUAGCGGGAUGACACGUCACAUGUUUUCGCAAGUUCAUGGCGACUGGAUCAGUUUUUGUGUUGAGAAAGCGGAGAAGAAUGUCGAUUCAGGGAGUAACUCGACUUUGGUACUACUUUGUUUCUCUCUGAGUCUGCUAGGACGUCGAGCUUUGGGUGCAGUGUCUCAUAAUACAGUUUCAAGUGUUGAGUUUUUUCUCUUCGGGUUGCAUGCACUGUUCAAAGGGGAUUUUCGUAUCACUUGUGCUAGAGAUGAGUGGGUAUUCACCGACAUGGAUCUACUGAAAACUGUAGUUGCACCGGGGAUACGAAUGUCGCUGAAACUCCACCAAGACCAUUUCAUGUCUCCUGACGAGUAUGAGGAACUCCCAGCUCUGUAUGACGCCAUUUGUAAGCAUGAAGAGGAGUUGGUGAUAUCACACGAAGGAGACCCGGCUUGGAGGAACGCCGUUCUUAGCGGAACACCCAGUCUUUUAGCUUUGAGACAUGUGUUAGACGACGGUAGCGACGAGUACAAAAUUAUUAUGUUAAAUAAACGAUAUUUGAGUUUCCGCGUAAUUAAAAUAAAUAAAGAGUGUGUUCGGGGACUUUGGGCCGGCCAGCAACAAGAAUUGGUUUAUUUGCGUAAUAGAAACCCAGAACGAGGGAGUAUCCAAAACGCAAAGCAGGCUUUGAGAAAUAUUAUCAAUUCAUCAUGUGAUCAACCGAUUGGUUACCCCAUUUAUGUCUCACCGUUAACGACAAGUUACGCCGAAACAAACGAACAGUACUGCAGUCUAGUCGGGGGGUCGGUCAGUUUGACCAAAAUCAAGAAUUACAUUUUUAACGUUUUCAGACGUAUCCGCAAACGGUGUGGUGAAGGUUGCUCAAGUGGGGCUUCAACUCGCGACGAGAUCGGCAUGGGUCACGAGGGUGUCUACGCUAUGACAACAGUCACGCCUCUUAAUCACCAAACAGCCGGCAGCCAAUCAACCGACGGUUCACACUUGAGCGGUAGCAUGGGGCGUGGCUCUAGUCUGAGUCGGACUUCAUUAGGUGGCAACAGAGGGAGUUUGGUUUCGGUGGGGAAACCCACGAGUGCUACAUUGGCCAGUUUAGCGGGACUUUUUAAAGAGAGGGAUGAAAGAGCAGUGUCGCAAACGCCCGAUGGACAGCCGAGGAAUGACGAGUUCGAUGAAAGUGCCGAGAAGGAAUAUUCCGUACAGAGAGUUAGAAUCGUCGACCCGAAUUUAGUAUAUGAUGCAAUCAAUUUAGGGCGAAGGAUUGACGUUACGUGGCCGACUGAGUACAUGAGGGUGAGAGGGGGGCGUUCGUUUUGGAAGGAUUGGGUACCGGAAACGGGGAUGGAAGGACCGGUGGUGCAUCGAUGGACGCCUUGUCAUAAAGAUCCAGGCCGGAGGUCUCACGUCGACCGUACAAUAUUUCUAGUUCAAAUCGACGAUAAGUUUGUACCGAUUGCCGAGAGUGGCAUACAAGAUCUAGGGCAAGAGGUAUAGCAUUUGUUUUUUAGUUUGUCCAUCUUUAACAUCAGAGAAGGGAUUAAAUCUGAUUUUAGACUUCCAUUAGGAGUAUAAUUAUAGAAAGACUUAAUUUUAUAUGAAUUGUUACUAUUACUAAGAAUGUGAAUUUACAUAUAAAACAAAAAUGUACAGUAGGUAAUCUUUA